CCUAUGCUAAGUUCGGUCCUAACCAUGCACUUCUAGAAGUACUUUUGCUGUCCUUUUAAACUCUACACCUAUUGCAGCACCAUUACUCAUUCAUUUCCCUCUCUCUUGCUAUUUCUGUAUCUCUGUUCUCCCCGUGGUCAGGCCCAAAAAGAGGAGAAAUGGUUUUGGUUACUGCACAUGGAGAUAAAGAUGGUGCAGAUGAUGGAACUGUGGUUAAUUUUCGAGGGAACCCUGUGGACAAGUCCAAGACUGGAGGAUGGCUUGCUGCAGGGCUCAUCUUAGGAAUCGAGCUCUCUGAGAGGAUAUGUGCGAUGGGCAUAGCCAUGAAUUUAGUGACAUAUUUGGUUGGAAGUUUGCAUAUUUCAUCAGCAAAAUCUGCAACCAUUGUGACUAACUUCAUGGGCACUCUCAACCUUCUUGGCCUACUUGGUGGUUUCUUAGCAGAUGCUAAACUCGGUCGGUACUUGGCGGUUUUCAUCUUUGGAACCAUUACUGCUGUGGGGGUGAUCAUGUUAACUUUGGCAACAACCAUUCCUAGCAUGAGGCCCCCUCCAUGCGACAACUACAGAAAUCAACAACAUCAGUGUAUUGAGGUCAACGGCCGGCAAUUGGCUUUGCUCUAUGCUGCACUUUACACUAUAGCACUGGGUGGUGGAGGAAUAAAAUCCAACGUCUCCGGCUUUGGCUCUGAUCAGUUUGACUAUAGAGACCCCAAGGAAGAAAAGGCCAUGGUCUUCUUCUUCAAUAGGUUCUAUUUUGGCAUUAGCAUCGGGUCCUUAUUCGCUGUAAUAGUUCUUGUGUACAUACAAGAUACUGUGGGAAGAGGGUGGGGGUAUGGAAUUUCAGCAGGUACAGUGGUCAUUGCUGUUGCUAUAUUGCUCUGUGGGACACCAUGGUACCGAUUUAAGAAGCCUCAAGGGAGUCCUUUAACUGUAAUAUGGAGGGUCAUAAUCUUGGCAUGGAAGAAAAGGGGUCUUCCUUACCCUUCUCACCCCAGCCUUUUGAAUGAAUACCAGAAUGCCAAGGUUCUACACACUGAGAAGUUCAAAUGUCUUGACAAGGCUGCAAUCCUAGAUGAGUAUGCUGCUGCCACUAAAACCAAAAACAGCCCCUGGAUAGUUUCAACAGUGACCCAAGUUGAAGAGGUGAAAAUGGUACUGAGGCUCAUACCCAUCUGGUCCACAUGUAUCCUCUUCUGGACAGUCUACUCUCAAAUGACUACCUUUACCAUAGAGCAAGCCACUUUCAUGAACCGUAGAGUUGGGUCCUUCACCAUUCCUGCGGGCUGUUUCUCCGCUUUUCUCAUCAGCACCAUUCUCCUCUUUACUUCCCUAAACGAGAAACUCUUUGUACCUCUUGCCCGAAAACUCACCCACAAAUUACAUGGAAUCACAUGCCUUCAGAGGAUUGGAGUUGGGCUCAUCUUCUCGAUUGAAGCUAUGGUGGCUGCUGCGAUUAUUGAGAAACAACGGAGGGGAAUUGCAGUUCAACAUAAUAGCAAAAUAAGUGCCUUCUGGUUGGUCCCUCAGUUCUUCCUAGUGGGUGCGGGAGAAGCCUUUGCCUAUGUUGGACAACUUGAGUUUUUCAUUAGAGAGGCACCAGAGAGGAUGAAAUCCAUGAGCACAGGGCUUUUCCUAAGCACCAUCUCGAUGGGAUUCUUUGUUAGCAGUUUGUUGGUUUCGAUUGUGGAUAAAGUGACCAAGAACAGCUGGCUCAGGAGCAAUUUGAAUGCGGCAAAGUUAGAAAACUUUUACUGGCUACUUGCGGUGCUUGGGACACUGAAUUUCUUUGCUUUUCUUGCCUUUGCAACGAGACACCAGUACAAAGUUCAGCACUCCAUUAGCAUUAAUGAUGAUGGCAAAAACGAGCUUAAGACUUCAAAUGAUGUCACAGUGGAGAAAAUGGAAGAGAAGGCUAGUAUUCCGGCAAUGGAGGGACCCUAGUAUGUGUGCUUUCAAGGGGACUGCAGUUUAUUAGGUCCUAGAUAUAGCUCAAUAGUUUUGUAGUAUGUUACAAGAAGAAGAA